AUGUGUGCCAUAUUCCGCCGAACGUGGCGGAACAUGAGGCUUUCAAGGACAUGCUCAAGAAGGCUACUGCAGCUGGGCCUUCAUUCACUCCCCCUGGGCGAUCGCCCGCAGCUGAACUUCUUGGCGAUCAAUACGCAAGUGUCCGUGUUCUUAUUCGGCGUCGACCGUGGAGCGGAUAAGAAAACGGGCCUUUUCAUCGCAGAGCACUUGAAGACUGCUAUCAACAUGGUGGGAAGCGACAACGUUGUCGGGGUGCUGAUGGAUGGAGCAAGCAAUUGUGUCAGUGCGGUCAACAUCAUUAAGGAGGAGUUUCCGAAGAUACAAUACAUCCGAUGUGCUGCACACUCCCUCAACAACCUUAUGAAGGACAUCGGUGCCCGACCUUGUGCGGUGAAGACCAUCGAGGACGCGCAGGGUAUAAUUUCUACGCUUAAGAACUCUCAUUGGGUCACUGGUAAAUUGCAGGAGCAGAAUUCGCUUGUUCUUCUCAAGCCGGCAAGCACGCGCUUCGGCACCAACUUCAUUGCUAAGUGCGGGAGGUGUUGGAUCGGUUGGUGA